AUGCUCAGCCUGGGCACGGAGGUAGCCAUCGCCGCCUCGGGCGCGGCCAUCUUCGUCGUCUUCUCUGCGGUUGCAAUUGUGGUCUGGGUCAGAGUCCGCAAAGAACGCCAUGCUCUCAGAGUACUUGGCCUCAGGGGAGAGUAUAGGCAUAGUGUUGGCUUUACUGGGGAUACGUUGACUGAGCUAUCUCGAGAAGAAGGACGUGCUCUGAGAGCGCACAACCUCCCCUAUGGGAAACCAAACGAAUGGGGUCAAGCAAACUCGCGCGAGCAUCUCCUACGACCAAAAAAUGGAUCUGAUUCAUCAUUCCCACUCAUGGAGAAAGCACGAUCACUUCGCCAUUCACUUUCACGAUCCCGAUCAAAAAGGCUAUCCAGGUCUUCGCAGAAACAUAGUCGCAUGAGUUCAAUGGCAACUGUGGCUGAGACGGUCGUUCACAAUAGUCCCCCCAGGGCCUCUCAAUCAAGAGACGAUAUCCCUCUCUCGGCUGUAGAAGGGAUCCUCGAAUUACCAACAGAACGAACCCCUCGUCAAACGCCGGAUUUAAACCAAGAAGAGCAGCCUGGCUUCCAUCUGGGAAUGCGUCCAGUGUCGCCCGCCUGGCCACUACCCUCACAAAAAGACCGAUCAGGUCUGUUCCCUGUCGUGGAAAGUCGGACUUCCCAAGAGAUGUUUGAUCCUCCCCCUAGAAUCUUUGAAGAAUCGCCGUCGCGAGUUCGAGGAACAAGCCUUACUAGCCAAACACCUGGGAUAGUCCCGGAGAGGCCUAUUCCGCCGCCACCUCCAACUGCCUUUCAACCAGACAGAAUGAGCUAUUUAAGAAACGACUCAAUUAUGCGCUUAUCUUCUAUGAGUCUAGACACGACAAACAGCUCCAUUCUGGAGGAUACUCGACAGGGUCCAAGAUCCCUUGAUACCGAGCUGACUUCCCCAAUUUUCCCAUCUGGCGCUACAUCUGUGCCCUUCAGCGCGAGUGAUGUUGGAGUUAAGAACGGUCGGAGAAGCUUCAUCGCAGCUAAUACUUCAAUGCCCCCUCUGCAUAACUUCCCCGUUCGUUCCUCUUCUACCGCCGAAGGACGCAAGCGAUCAUCAAUUAUGGAUUCCAUAUCAUCUCCCCGGCGCAGCUUGACGACCACCUCUCGAAACCCAAGCACUGCUAGUGAAAAUCGGUUCAGCUUCACUCCAAUUCCACGGAGGCAUGAUUCGAUAUCUUCCAAUGGCCCAUCAAGACACCCAUCGAUACGAGCUGGAACGCCCGUUUCAAUGAACGGCCACCAAGCUGGACCUGUGAUUAACUGGCGGCAUUCGAGCUCGUCCAUGUCUUUUGUGCCACAAUACAACGUACCACAAUACGGCCAGUUCCAACAACCAGCCGUUUGGGAAGGCGAGCAUUACGACAACGAUCCAUUCUACGGAGGCUCACCUCAAUCCAAUGGCACUCUCUUCUCUAUCGGUUCUCCAGGGCAGACAGUUGGCUCGAUGCCGCAGAGCCCAAUGCAGCGAUCCAGUCUUUCUCUCCGUGGUCAACCUCUGCCAUCCGCACUGAAAAGCUCCAACUCCCAGCGAAAGGGUCACAGACGCCAGAACUGCGUGCGAAUCUCAAUCCACCCACCCAUGACCUUCGGUGGGCCCGCAUUCUCUCCAACCGUAGAGGAAGAGCCAGAGGACCUCGACGCAAUGGAAGAAUUGGAUCUACGCGAAAGUGCCAUCAACGGCAACUUCAAGAACCUACCUUCUCUACCUCCCCCCGCAGCCACAACCUCUCCAUCUCCUCUCUCAAAGCGGACCAGUCGCCGAAACAAGCCUGCCCACAGCACAUUAGGACCCCUGGCCGAAGAGCCCGCGUCUGUAACCAACAAGAGCCCCCCAAACAAGGACCAAAACCAACUCUUAACCUCCGCAAAUCUAUUCAGCAAGGAUCGCGACUUGCCUGAACUCUUCACUUCCCUUCCUACAGAUGGAGGUACCCUCACACAUACCCCCUCUCCUGAGCAUAAUCUAAGUGUCUGGGCUAUCCCCGAAGAGGCUCCCUCCCCUUCAUACGAGAACCACUUUUCCACCGGCAGCCCCCGCCGCACACCCCUCAAAGGCCCACGCACCCAACCGGGCCGCAGUGCCCGCAGCAACUCAACUCCAAAGCCCAUGGAACCCCUCCCGCUCAUGGGCGUCGGCUCGCCAACCGGUCUACCUCUAAUAACCGGCACCCAAGGUAGCGACUGGCGGCGAUCCACCGACUCCCUGUUUCGCACAAACACCGACGCAACGCGCAAUCGUGAUUCAAACGGCUCCUCCCUUGGUCUGAUUGGCCCUUCAAUACUCGCCGAUACUGCGGCUUUCAAGAGCCGCCAACGCAGCGGAACGGUCAAGGACCGCGUCACUAUUUGGGAGGAUGCUAAUCGGAGUGGCUCGCCUCCUAAGCCUUCCGCUGCGCACCUCGACGGAGACUAUGUGUUCUCUGAUACUAAUUCCUCGCCCACACGUUUGCACAAUAGUAUCCCAAGAUCGCUUUCGAAAAAUGGGCACUCGCCGUAUCGUGUGCCUAGCCAACGAGCUCCGCCGACGCCUAAUUCUGCUGCGCGCCGCGGUCUGAUUACUCCGACGGGAAAGAGACUUGGUCUGGGAAUUGGGACUCCAGGCAGCUUGUACGAUGGUGAUGGUUUUUUGAGAGAGUAG